AUGGAUGUUGUUAUGCAGUGUCAUCUUGAAUAAAAAAUACAGAAACUGUUGAUCUAUUUUAUAUUGUUGCAAAUAGCAUCAUAUGUUAGUAUAUUAGACUCAAUUAAUCUCUUGUUCAGCUUCACUUCUAAAGAAUAUAAUUUUUCCGCCAUAUGCAACACUAUCAGACCAAGAAUUGACAGGGUAUAGAGAGCAGAAGUGAACUUGAUCGAUAGCUGGUAUUAUUCUAUGAGAAGUGGAUUUUUUUGUAAUUCUCAUAAUUAGUUGGUUUGUAUUUUGAAAAAAAAUAGAUGUCAUCUUCCUUAUUUUAUGAUUUUAUAUUCUACAUUCGUAUUAGUUUAAUUAUUAUCUAGGUAGACAGGGGAUUGGGCAGAUUUUCCAAAGUAAUUUUCGUGA